CCUGCGGGAGUAUAUUCGUCCACAGUAUACUAUAGUAGUAUCCUUCUAUGUAUCUGCUGCAGGACUCUACAUCCAUAACACAUAUUCACCCAGAUAUCUGCGCUCACAAUAUCAACAACCCUUUUCUUUUGCAUCCAGGACAUGCCAGAUGUCACGGUGACGCCAUCAGGGCCUGAAUUAAACUUUGAAUGAAUCAAAUUAUGGCUCAGAAGCUGGAUAUGAGGACCAAUUUUUCUCGCUUCAGCCCUUCCUCCCCUGCGCCCUCUACUAACCACCAUACUUGACCAAUUCUUCACCACGAUGCCCUCAGCCUAUCCCGACACUCCCUCCUUCAACCCCCUGGAAUCCCACUCUCCGACAACACCAUCAACAAAAGCCUCCAACUUCCUCGCCACCGAGAUUUACAACAUCGGCGCCCAACCGGGCAUCCGUUCCCUCCCGCCCAGCCCGGAGCGCGACUUUCUCGUUCUGACCUGGGGCCCCGUUGUCUACCGCACGACCUACAGCCCCCUCUCGGACCAGCUCCUGCCGCUGUUCCUGCGCGUCCUCUCCACAGAAGUGCAGGCGGCUAUCCCGCGCUGCCUUCCCGGCACCCGCAAACAGCUGCUCCUCCUCGAGACGAACUACGCCUGCAAGGUCUUCAGCGACGAGAAGCAGUACGGUCACGCCGAUAUCGGCGCCGUCCGACGGGCGUUUCACAAUUGGAAGCGGGCGGAGCUGGCGCUGCCCGUUAUGGAGCUUCCGACGCGGUUAAGGGUGUGUUUAGUCGUGGACGAAGGAGUGGUGGAGGAGUUGGCGGGGAUGGUGCGGCGCCGUGAACACAUGGUGGACGGUGAGACGGAGGAGGGAGAGAUGAUCAUGGACGAUGGCGAGAAGGAGACCGACGGUGAAUUCGAGUCGGAGUCCGAAUCUGGGAGCUCCUAUUAUGCCCGCUGUCCAGUGAUCAUGGUGGAGGAGAAUUUCCCUGAUCGAAGGAGACGCGACUCCAACCCCGCGGACGGGGUGUAUCCCGGUUGGACAAAGGUGGCGCUGUCGACGGUAGUGGAGGUGCUCGAUGGGUUAAGGUUUGGGAAUGGAUUGAGCCGAUAUCAUCGUCCAGGGAAGGUAUAUCUGGGGGAGGAUCGGUGGUCCUGAAUUGGGUCUGAAGUUUUUUGGUGCUUGGAUUUGUAUAUCGGUUGUCGGCGUUUGGAUGCGGUCAAUAGAGUUUGGAAUAGACAUAG